AUGGCGCCGUCGAUUGUGCAAAAGGUGAAAAAGACGUUGCGACAGCGGAGCAAGAGCUCCGAGAGCAACGCAAACCGAAAGAAGCCGGGAGUGAAGGGCAGCGAGUGAGUAAGCCUCUUUUUUUUCUGGAACACUUUUUGACACGUUUCGAUAGAGAAUUUCUCGCUCUACAUUUUGUUAGUUGAACGUUUUUGCGUAUCUCGAACGCCCGCGGAGUUACGAGCCAAAAACCGGGAAGGUAGCCAAUCUGUCCAGCUUUUAGGAGCGCAAGUUCGAUGCCCCAUAGUUCUGGGGCUAUUCAGGGGAUGAAAAAAUGAUUGUUUUCCGUGUUUUUUCCUUAUUCAGCGAUGUCAAAAAAUGAAAAAAAAACGGAAAGAAAUGCGUCGCUCGCAGCGUUUUUUUCCGGCGGGUCUCGCAGCGAUUUCCCCGACGCGAUGCAUGCGGCUACUGUGAGAGACGUUUUAUGAGUGGAUUUACGAACAUUUUUCUAAUUUUUCAGCAAAAUUGCCACGUUUUCCCGCUAUUUUGAACCGAUUUUCACUGAAAAGCUCAAUGUUUUGAACGAUAUGACGAUGCACUCGAAACUAUCCAAAAAAAAAAAGAAUUCAAGCGAAAUCGGUCGGAAAUAGCGGUAAACGUGGCAAUUUCGAAUCAGUUACCAUAACAGAUAAAUAAGAACUGAAAUUCCGCUGAAAAUCGGUUGAAAAUAGCCGGAAAACGUGGCAAUUUCGCUGAAAAAUUAGUUUAAAAAAAUUCCCCGUUCUCGUAAAUCCACUCAUAAAACGGUUCUCACAGUAGCCGCAUGCAUCGCGAUCGGGAAAUCGCUGCGAGACCUGCCGGAAAAUAUUCUUUCCGUUUUUUUUCCAUUUUUUGACAUCGCUGAAUAGGAAAAAAAAACAGAAAACAAUCAUUUUUUCGUCCCCUGAAUAGCCCCAUUACCAAAACAUUGCAGAAUUGGUAUAAAAGAAGAAAUUCCGUCGAAGAACACGAAGAUCCGCGGCGCGGUGACGAAUCGGAAGAAGCAGAAGAAGAGCAGUCGGUCCAAGAAUUUGUCGAAAUCCGUUUCGGUCCGUUUCUGUCCCGUUCAGUUGCAAAAAGUCCCGGUUUUUUGCAGAAAGAGACGAUAAACGAGCCGCGGAGCCGAAUGAGUAAACUGGAAGUGACGUCACGCUCGAUCGAUUUGGAAGAGGACCCCGAGCCGAUGGGACCGACCACUCCGGAUCCGGCGCCGGUUGCCGACUCGAAAAAAGAGGAUCCGCCGAAGAAGACCGAAUCGAAAAUGGAAGAGGUGAAGGAGAAGCCGCCGUCGGACCGCAAGAACCAGCAGCAGCAGCAGCAGAAAAAGGCGAAGACGUGGGUGGGAAUGGAGGCGGCGAUGAAGUUCUUCAACAACAACAACAAGGUGGCGAAACUGCGCGCCGAGUACGCGCUCGUCGAAUCGAUCGCGUGCAACAAGACCACCGGCGCGUUCGAUGCGAACACGCAGAGAAAUCGAGAAGGCGUACGUAUCUUUUGCUCGCAUUCUUCACGUUUUGCGCGCACUUUUUCCAGGCGCCGAAGAUUUACGACGACAAUCGGGUGGUGCUGAACCGUCCGGGACACGAGGAUGUCAAUUACAUCAACGCGAGCUUCAUCUCUGUCAAGGAUGUGAGCAAAUUUAUCGAAAAACCCGCCCCCCUCACGGCGACGAAAAACGUGCACGGUUUAUCACCAUUUUGGCGCGCGAAAUUCGAAAAGUUCGAAAGAAAGAAAAAGUGAAAGAAAGAAAAGAAAAGAAGAAAGAAAAGACGAAAAGAAAAAAAUUCGAAAAGAGCGAAAUUCGAAAUUUAACCCCAUUUUUCAUGUUUUUCGUCAAAAAUUACCCAAAUUUUGUACGAUUUCGAUGGUGUAAUUGCAUAACUUUGUGAAACUAAUCAUCGCGCGCACUUUUUGAGCUUAAAACGGGCAAGUUUCAUUCAGAAAUGAAUCAAUUGAAUCGAUUUUAAGUUUUCUGCUGAAAAUGCGCGAAUUUCAGUCAUUCGCCGAUACUUUUUGCGGUUUGAACGCUUAAAAUACUUUUAUUAAAGUGCUUAAUCACUUCCGACACUCACGCCAAAAACCUCUAAAAUGCGGCGUUUUCACGAACAUUUCAAUGUUUUCUCUCUUUAAUGUCUUCUUUCGUCGAUAUCAAACACAAAAAUAUCGGAAAAAUGCUGGAAUUGCGGCAAUUUUCAGAAAACGCGUCUCAGAUUAGGCCACGCCCCUUUCUACACUUUUGGUCGGCGUGGCGCCGCUACAUUUCGAUUCGUUUUUGCAGUUCCCGCACAAGCUGAUCAUCGCGCAGUUGCCACGCAUGGAGAACGAGAGCUUCGUCGAGGACUUUUGGCAGAUGAUCUACCAGGAACAGGUGACGCUCGUCUACGUGCUCGUGCCGUCGGAGGUGCUGCGGAAGGCGCCGACGCCGCUGUUCAAAGAGGGGCACGGCGAGUACGAGUACGUCGGCAAAAUGUUCAUCAACAAUCGGCGGAGCCAGGCGGGCGAGCAGACGGACGCGAACGAGUACACGAUCGAGGUGCUGCCGGAGGGCAACUCGGACUCGGUCAUGUGUCAGGUGCACCAUCUCGCCACGUGGCAACACUUGCAACAGCCGCCCAAGACGCGUCCGAUCAUCAAGAUGAUCCAUCAGUUUCUGACGGAGAAGGAGAUCCAGACGGCCGGCGUGUGCGUGGUGAGCGUCUUCGGAUCGGGCCGCGCGUGCAGUUUCAUCGGCGCCCUCAUCGCCAUCAACCAGCUCAACAAGGGCAUCGAGCCGAAUGUACGUAUUUUAUAGGAUUUGCCAAGAUAACCACGUCCCCCUUUUUUUCGCAGAUCGGUGAAAUCAUGACGAACAUCAAACAGCAACGACCCGGAGCCACGGAAUCGUUCGCCCAGUACGCCGGCAUCUAUGCGAUUGUCCUCGACUACAUUUCGGUUCGUUUUUGGCGUUCCAAACUCGAGAAAUGUGACAUCUAAAAAUGCAAACUUUUUCUGUUUCUUAAUUGAAAUUUUUCAGCGCAAACGUGGCAACAAGAGCGAUCCGAACAACAAGGAACUGAAUCUUUUUGUCGACGAACUCAUCGGCCUGUCGCCGCCCUCGUCGCCCAAAUAA